AUGGCGUCCAAAGAGGUUUGUUUGUCUUAGUCAUGUCUGACUUUGGGGGAACUAACACUCACUUGAGGUAAUUAAAACUCUGCGCUGCCAGUGUGUUAAAGUUGUGCUGCUCCUGCCAUCCUUGACCUUUGCUAACAGUCACAGGAUUUGUUAUCUUGGGAGGUCAAAGGUUAGAGAAAGAGUUGAAGUCUGCAGAAGGGAUGUUUCUGCGCAGCGGUUUAUUCAUGAACGGCCAUACUGCAUUAAAGAAUACAUGAGACCUUUCCAGAGAAGCUGCACGGUAAAACACUGAAAGCCACUAACCUCGAUUCUGUUACAGAGCCGUCUGACAGCCACGCUCCUGACCUCCAUCCUGGCCGCCGUGCUCGGCUCCCUGCAGAUCGGAUACCACACGGGCAACGUUAACGCUCCAGCCAAGGUGAGCCAGACAAGCAGGAUCUGAGGGGGAGAGAGAGAGUGUGGUGUUAUAGAUGUAGAUCUGAAAACAAUAGACAGUUUUCAUAGUUUGUACGAGCAAAAAUCCACAAAUGUUCAAAUCUGCAGACUAAAAAAGUCAAAGCAGUCUCACAGCAGACAGCUAACCACGUUGACACUCAGUACCGGACCUGUAUCACCAGAUAGAGGUGCUGGAAACCCGUCAGAUAAAUGAACAAAUAUCUCACAGCCUCGAUAAAACACUGAAUAAACUUUACAAUCUCCUGAAAGUCUCCGGCUCAGGUUCAGGCCUGGCAGGGUCUGGAUUUUUCACAGGUACAAGUGAGACGGAUCGUCUUUAUUCACACCAGCAGAGAUAGAUGUUCUUGUUCUCUUUGUGCAGUAAGAGCAUUCAGACGUCUUUGCUUGGUUCACUUUCUGAUUGGGGAAACUAAAGGUCACCUAAAGCGUCUUUGGUUUUCUGAUGGUUGUCUUUCACUCUUUAAACCGCUUAGAUCAUUGAGGAGUUCUUCAAUCACACCUGGAGAGCCAGGCACAACGAGUCGAUGCCAGAACACAGCCUGACUCUGCUGUGGUCGCUCUCCGUCAGCAUUAAAGACUUCGGAGCUCUCCUGGGCUCACUGGGUGUCAAAUAUCUGGCUGAUUCUCAUGGAAGGUAAAAUAAAACAAUUUUUUUUUAAUAACCACUUUGAUUUUGGUUUCUUCUCCUGAAUCAUUUCUCGAGUUUCCCCUCCAGACGAAACUCCAUCCUCAUAGUGAACUGUCUCUCCAUGGUGGGAGCGUGUCUCAUGGCUGCCUCCAAAGUCUGCCAGUCUUUCGAGGUGCUCAUCCUAGGCCGGUUGGUUUUCGGUCUCUUCUGCGGCCUUGUGAUGAGUCUGAAUCCCCUCUACAUCCAGGAGGUGUCCCCCACAAACCUGAGAGGGGCUUUCGCUACGCUCAACCAGGUGUCCUUCGCCUCAGGCAUCCUGCUGGGAAUGGUGAGGACAGAGUCGUGGGUCAAAGGUCAGAUCCUGGCUGGUUUGUUGCCUUGAUGACUACCAAAGCCUCUGUUUUUUGUCUGCUGCAGGUGGCAGGUCUGGAGACAGUGUUGGGCACAGAGCAUAACUGGGCCAUGAUGCUGUCCCUGUCCCUAAUCCCGGCCUUUGCGCAGUAUCUGGUCCUACCUUUCUGUCCCGAGAGUCCUCGCUACCUGCUCAUCAACCGGGGGGAGGAGGACAAAGCAGAGGCUGGUGGGUCAAGUUUGGAUUUGAGGCGUUAAAAUUGAAAAUAUAAAGCUGAUCAGAAGAUUUGGCUUUCUGAAGUAGUUUGCUGUAUGAUCCAGCAGAGGGUGCUUUUGUCGUAACCUGACCAUUGCAUACCACCCUUGACUUCCGUACAUUAAUAAAGUGAAAAAAGAGGUCAAGACUGGUGAAUAAUAGUCAUUGGGCAGGGGAGGUUGCCAGUUGUGGUGGUGGUUCCUCCAAGUAUGAUCACUGUCGGUGCCAAAAACAAACAAGGACGUCAAAACGACCCUGUUUUAUCCUCGCAGCCCUGCAGAGACUUCGAGGCAGCGCGGACAAGGUGAUCACUGAGCUGGAUGAGAUGAAGGAGGAGGCCGCUCACACUCAGACCGGGGUCACCAUCCAGGAGUUCUUCAAGAAGCACAGAUACAAGCAGCCAAUCAUCAUCGUCCUUAUUAUCAACCUGGGCAGCCAGCUCUCCGGAUUCAACGCGGUCAGUGAUGAGUCUUGUCUUAACGUCAUACCCGUAUGACUCUGUGACUGAUCAUGAUAGUGUUCUCAAAGUAACCCUUUCUUUCUGUCUGAUAGAUGUCUCCCUCUCUGAACUCUCAUAUUUAUUUGAUUAAUUAUUCAGGUUCAGCACCGCUCCGACAUGUCUCUGCUCAGAUUCUGGGGCAGUGUGUCAGGACACUAUUCCUAAAACCACAGACAGCUGUCCCAGUAACCCACUUAGGCUAAAGAAACCUCUGCUCUUUUCUUCCAGAUCAUUAAUUAUUCCACCAGAAUGUUCCAGGCCAAGUUUGACGAGGCCAAAUACCUGACUCUGGGCGUGGGCGCUGUCAAUGUGACCUUCACUCUGGUGGCAGUGAGUACAGACUCAAGCUGAAACCUUUACGUGUCGCUCAAAUAUCUGCUGUUUGACGUGAAUUCAACAGUGUCCUACCCGAUCAUUUGUUAAAAAAGAAGAAACUGUAAAGAGUCUCAAGGGACCAGCUUUUAAUGCCAUUUAAGACACGAGUUUCUAACCCCGAUUCCACCGCAUCAGGAACGGCAACGAAAAGGCCGUUUGCGCCGAUAACAGCUGAUCGUUUCCAUUUAAGUAAAAGUGUCAAUUUCCACCUGCUUCUGUCCGUCCCCACUGUGGUUCAGCGGGCUUCGCAGCUGAUCACUAGGGUUCUAAUUUUUCUGGACGCCGCAGCAUGCCGCAUAAAUUCAGCACAGAUCAGUCCGUGCUGGGAAGGAGGUCGGGCACAGACACAAGAUAAAACAUCCGACUUCUUGGGGAUCGUAUUUCACACCAUGGAUGAAGAAGUGAAAGGUUUUCAGACGUCAUUUCACCCCGAUGACACCGUGGAUGAGGAGAUGCUGAUUCUAGAAGUGGACUUCCUCCUCUGGAAGGACAUGUGGCUGUCUUUACAGAGACAACUCGUUAUUGAGCUAUUGCAUGUGAAUCCUUGGGUUCUUGUGAGUUCUUGCAAUUCCCGCUGUCCGAAUCCGGACAUCCGCAUCCGGUAGCAAUUGGCGGACGACGGAAAUUACUGCCGUUCCAGAUGAGGUGGAAAUUGGGGGUAACAGAGGGGGAUCUGGUCUGCGAGUACCUCACAGCUAUAAACGCCACUGUCGGCUUGGCUUAACGACUAGGCAGGUAGCGAUACAGGAUAGUUAUAGGAAGAGCUACACAUCUGCACAAAAGCUGCACAUUGCUGAACACAACAGACAUCUCAAGAUUUAUCUCCUUUCUUUAAAGUUCUUCCUGAUGGAGCGGGCAGGACGGAGGAAGCUGCUGUUGACUGGUUUCAUCUCCAUAGCUGUGUGUACCCUUCUGAUGACCAUCGUCGAUUCGGUCCUGGUGAGAUCGGCUUGAGAUAGCCAUUGUGGUUCAUUUUAGGGGGCGAUUAUUGGAGGUUUCGAGUUGAGAUCAAAACACCAACAAAGUACCUAAAGAGAAACCCCAUCUAUCUUUCUGCAGCACCUGGUCCCAGAGCUGAGGAGCCUGCAGGUCCUGCUGGUUUUCUGCCUGAUUUCGGCCUACGAGCUGGGUCCUGGGCCCAUCUCUUGGUUCAUCGCUGCUGAGCUGUUCGACCAGCCCGGCAGACCCAUCGCCAUGGCUUUCACCAGCAUGCUCAACUGGGGAGGGAAGUUUGUCCUGGCGCUGAUCUUCCCUCCGUUACUGGUGGGUUCAAACUGUCCGCCUGUGCGCCGCAUGAGCGAGAGAAACUUUGUUUGCUUUUGCAGAUUCUCUGGCACCUUAGAGACUAGGCUGUUAAAGCCCGGCUGUAAAUCAGUACAGUCAGUUAAAUACUAAAGUUUACUGCACACUAUAAAACUAAUAAAUCUUGUUAAUGUAAAACGGGUCUAAAUCUAAAUCUAAAGCUGUAACCUCUAAAAUAAGGUCAGAAAUAUUAUUAUUGUCAUAUUAUUAUUAACAAGGGAAACAUCAGGUUACUGUAAAAUCUAAACCCUCCCGUCUCUCUCCUCCGCUCACAGAAAGUCUGCGGUGCGUACGUCUACCUCCUCUUCAUGACUGUGGCUCUGCUCGCCUUCACCUUCACCUGGAUUCGCCUCCCGGAGACGAGAGGUCGUACGUUUGACGACAUCGCAGAGGAGUUCAGAGGAGCAGAGGGGAUUCCUUUAAACAAUAAGACUGGAUUUAACACUUUCACCUGA